UCGGCGCUCGUUCGCUCGGGUCUGGCCGGGGCGGCGCCGGCGGCCGGGACCUGGUUCCGGCGCGGUGGGCGUGGGGCUGGCCCGGCGGCAUGGAGGAGUCUCAGGACGCCGCGGGCGGCGACGUGUGUCUGCACAACUUCAGCGCGAGGCUGUGGGAGCAGCUCGUCCACUUCCACGUCAUGCGGCUGACGGACUCGCUCUUCCUGUGGGUGGGGGCCACGCCGCAUUUGCGCAAUCUCGCGGUGGCCAUGUGCAGCCGCUACGACUCCAUCCCUGUGUGCACCUCCCUCUUUGGAGACACUUCUGACACGACCUCCACUGGCCUUGCCCAGCGCCUAGCCAGGAAGACCAACAAACAGGUGUUUGUCAGCUAUAACCUUCAGAACACAGACAGUAACUUCGCGUUACUUGUAGAAAACAGGAUCAAGGAAGAAAUGGAGGCUUUUCCGGAAAAGUUCUAGCUGAGUGGCAGAGGGAGAAUUUGUAACUUAUCUACGGUGUACAUUUAAAUAAAUGGAUUGAAUUUUA